AUGGGGAAACAGGUUGAAAAGAAGGAUGAUGAUAAAGAUGUACCCUGUUGUUGCUCACAGCGUUGGAUUUUGGCGUAUACUGGAUUUUUCGGUUUUAUAUUUGUCUAUGCACUACGAGUUAACUUUAGUGUUGCUAUAGUAUGUAUGGUAAAGUCUUUAAAUUCGUCAUCAUCGAGUAACAUCAGUGAUAUCAAUGAAACGUCUUCUACAUGUUCUGGCAAAGCUGCAGAACAAGCAGUAUUUAAUCAGCAUGCUGAAUUUGAAUGGGAAAAACAAAUCCAAUCAACCCUUCUUGCGUCAUUUUUCUAUGGGUAUAUUGUUACUCAAAUUCCUGGUGGCUAUUUGUCCGACAGAUUUGGUGGACGACGUGUAUUUGGUACCGCCAUGGCAGUAGCAUGCGUUUGUACACUGGUGAUGCCUGUGUGUGCUAGAGUAUCCGUAGUUCUGGUUUACGUUCUUCGAGUCCUGCUUGGACUAGCAACGGGAGUUUCUUUCCCAUCAAUGCAGUCUAUGUGGGGGCGUUGGGCCCCUCCUUUGGAGCGUAGCAGACUCGUUACUGUUUCUUAUCUAGGUACUAUGUUUGGUAGCGUAGGAACGUUUGCUUCAUCUGGGUUUUUAUGUGAAUAUGGCUUUGAUAAUGGAUGGGGGUCAAUAUUUUAUAUUACUGGUGGUUUAGCAUGUAUAUGGGUUGUUGUUUGGUUCAUUCUUGUCCGAGAUACUCCAUCAGACCAUCCCUGGAUCAGUGAAGCAGAACGAGACUAUAUAAAUGAUAGUAUAGAAUAUGACAACACAAAACGGUCAUCAACUGUUCCAUGGUUGGAAAUAGCCAAGUCACCAGCUGUUAUGGCUUGUAUAACUGCGCAUGUCUGUAAUAACUGGAUAAAUUAUACUCUUUUAACAAGUUUACCAGCAUUUAUGAAAGCAGUCCUUAAGUUUAACAUCAAAAGUAAUGGAGUGUUAUCUGCUGUACCGUACCUAUGUCAAGCUGUGUCAGGGUUCGGAGUAGGACAAAUGGCCGAUUUUAUUCGUUCUAAACAAUUAUUAUCUACUACAGGGACAAGACGCUUAUGGAACAGCAUAGCCUUUCUUGGAGCAGGCGCCUUUUUGAUUGGUACAGGAUUUGUGUCAUGUGAUCAACGCAAUAUAGCCGUUGCAUUUCUCUCGAUAGCUGUUAUGUUUACUGGAUUUAGUAGAGCUGGAUACGUCGUUAACCAUGUGGACUUUGGCCCAAAAUAUGCUGGUGUCUUGUAUGGUAUAACUAAUACUUUUGCCACUGUGCCUGGUAUGGUGGCGCCUAUAGUAGCUGGAGCCUUGACACCAAAUGAUACUCAAGAAGAAUGGAGGAACGUGUUUUAUGUGUGUGCUGCUUUCUGUGUAGUUGGAAUAGUGGUAUUUGGAUUUUUCUCAAGUGGCGAGAUCCAGGAAUGGGCGAAGGAUCGUGAAGAGAUUAUUGUUGAAAAGCCAGCACUUGACACAGAUACAAAACUAUGAUAGUAUAAUGAAGAUAGGCAGAACAUUUAAAGCAGGACCAUUAUAUUAAAAUUGCUAGAUUAAUAGCGAUUUGUUAAUUUACAGUUUUAAGAUUAAAGGAAAAAAGAGAGAUAGGGACCACAUACCUGAAUGGAAAAUCAUAAAGUAUUAUCAAAAACAUAUAUUACACAAUGUCUCAGGUGUUAUACCACUAUCAAAAACAUGAAAUCUCACAGAUCUAUGCAACGUCAUGA